UUUACUAUUUCCAUAACAAUGUUUUUCUCAUGAGAUAAUUCGUUUCAAACAAGGGACCAACCGAAUCCUUUCAUUUAGUUGACGAGGUGGUAGCAGGGGAAGCAAAGGCAAAUUAGGCAGAGGCAGAGAUAAUGGCAAUUACGUGCCCAAGACGUAGGGACUGCUGGGAGUGGGCGAGAGUGUACAUAAACUACUGUAUUUGCAGCGCAAGAGAUGAAGGGUCUUUUGCUUUGGGUUUGAUCAGUGUCAUAAGUUGGAGCGUUGCUGAAAUCCCUCAGAUUAUCACCAACUAUAAGGAGAAAUCCAUUGAGGGCCUCUCUCUCGGUUUUUUGAUCACUUGGAUUGUUGGGGAUCUUUUCAAUCUUUUCGGUUGUAUUCUUGAACCGGCUACUCUUCCGACACAAUUCUAUAUGGCAGUAUUGUAUACAAUGACUACAUCAAUUCUUGCGGCACAGACUGUAUACUAUGGUCACAUUUAUCCUCGAUUAAAGUACAAAAGAGUGUGCCACAAGGACUCCAAAGAGCACCAACCUGAGGCUGUGGAAAAAGUUAUUGAUGCUGACAGAUUAAGUUCUCCUAUUCCUCUUCCAGCAAUUAAUGUAAAGAGUUCUCCGGGCAGAGAAUUAUACUACAUGUCAGCUAGAUCUCUAUCAAGAAGUCAUACUCCCACAGCAGGAUCCUUCCUCGUACAAAGAAUGACUCCUCCUUCUCAUACAAGAAGUUCAGUUGAAGAGCCAUUGCUCAGUGCACAUGUUUCUGCCCAGUCUGCCUCUCCUCCAAGCUCCAAAUCAUUGUUAUGCUUGGUAUCUGUAUUAAUGUUCAUUGCCACAUUUAAUUCCCAGCUCUCAGCAUUUAAUAAACUUCACAUAGAGCAUAAGAUAGUAAAUCAAGGAUUCGUGAUACAAAUUGGAAGAAAGCUUCUCCAGGUAAAUGCUGCGUCAUUAGGAGAAAGUGGUAUUGGAGGAGGCAGCAGGGUUGGAACUUUUCUUGGUUGGGCAAUGGCAACUAUUUACAUGGGUGGACGCCUUCCCCAAAUUUGCUUAAAUAUUAGAAGAGGCAAUGUAGAGGGUCUGAACCCUUUUAUGUUUAUGUUUGCUUUGGUUGGAAACUCCACAUAUGUUGCUAGCAUACUUGUCGAGAGCACGGAUUGGUCAAGAAUCAGACCAAAUUUACCGUGGCUGGUGGAUGCAGCAGGAUGCGUGCUGCUUGAUACUUUUAUACUGAUUCAGUUCAUAUACUUCUGCUAUUGGGCACCUCAAGAUGCAGAGAAUAAGCAUGAAAACUUGAAUGCAUCGUAAAUGAUGGCAAAAUAGCCUUUUGUUGAAGGGAUUCUUUUCCAAUUGGAAUAAAGGUUUGAAGAUGCUUUCGCGGAGCUGGAGGAUAUGUAGAUGACGUGUGUUAUUUCUUUUAUAUGGGUGAUAAGUCUUCUUAGUAGCAGCCUUUUCCAAAGAUCAACCAAACUAAUGCCCAGCCUUACCUGAUUAAACAGUGCUAAAUCUUGGAUUUGUUCAGUCAGUGGAGAGGGAUGAUAGUUGCUUUUGAUGGUUUGAUGUAUCUUGGCAAAAUUUCUGUAACCUCUGUUACUGCAUUUUUGCCUUCCUUUACCCAGUCAUAAUUUUGCUUUUAACUCUCUCCUAGUUGAUCAAAGAGUCCAACUUAUCUUUCA